ACACACGCACACACGGAAGGCGAGACGACGACAAACACACAAACACACUCGUACAAUCGAGCGACAGAGAGACAUACACCGACACACACCGACAGGCGACGACGUGGCCCCCGUUUCCCGAGAGAUCGUGUGAGCGUCGCUGUCGACGUCGACGUACAUACGGUUACCGUUUCGUUCCCGUUCCGAUCGAUCGUUCAAAAAAUCGUAUAUUAUUUAUUAUUCUUAACAACAAAAAUAAUAACAAAAUCAAACAACGCGGGAGACCAAUAUCGAAACCAGACGCUGUUCGCAGUUCGCAGUUCGCAGCUCGCAGCUCGCAGUUGGCGUCGCAGCUGCAGUCAGCGUCAACGGCAGCGUCAGGCGUCCGGCGUCAGGCGUCAUCGUUUUUGUGUUAAUUAAAUUUACUUUUGUGAAUGAAAUGCGAAAAAGAGCAAAGCGAAAAAUCAUUUUUAAUAAAUGCUAAAUAAAAUCCAACAACAACAAACAUAUAUAUAUCUGGAAUAUAUAUAUACGCAUAUGUAUAGAUCGGCAGAUCGUGUAUAACAAAAAAAAAACAACAACAACAAGAAAAGAGGAGAUCUUGAACCCCCGAAAUCCGAACCAGCAAAAAGUGCCUGUAUCUACUAUCUUUUGGAUUACAUUUUUUUUUUUGUAUAUCUACAACACGAAACCCAGUGCCAGAAAAGGAUUAUAUCUAGCGGAUAUAUAUGUUGAUUUAUUACGGAAUAAAUUGCACGGAUUGCUAUUGAAAAUCAAUAUAGCAAUCGUAGCAAAAAAGGCAAACACUGCAAAAGGAUGAAGGCAAAUCGAGCUGAUUCCGAGGGCAGAAACUAUUAUCGAAGGCAUUGAGAGACCCGAGAGAGAGAGAGAGCGAGAUAUAUCCAGAGAAAAGAUAUAUAUGCAAUAGCGCGAGAGAGCGAGAGAGAGAGAGCUCUGGAGGCAGAGGAGGCGGUGGAGAGGAGACGGGAGAGAGGAGAAAGGAGAACGAGAGGAGAGGAGAGGGGAGAGGAGAGUGAGUGAGUGAAAGAGAGAGUGUAGCAGGAGAGGAGCGGUAGCGGGAGUAUUGGAGUACAACACUACAUGGAUCGCAGAAAUGGCGGCGAUCCCUUGGCGCCACCCCGGCCCCCGAAGCUAUUACCGCGCGUGCAUCGACCAAGGGCGCCGGAGCCGACAGCACUAAGUGGUGUCCAGGGAGGAGCAUCCGUGGCAUCGACAGCAGCAACCACAGCAGCAAUCCACAAUAAUAAUUCACAGCAGCAACAACUUAGUAUUAACGCAACGACGACAGCGACAGCGACAGCGAUAGCGACGACGAUAAAUAAUAACACGAUAUCGAUAAUACCCGCAUCACCGAUUUCGGCCGAUUACGAUUCCGAUUAUCAGAUCCAUCAUCUGACAUUUCUGCCACAGCGACCGAGCAGCUUGAGUCGCAACAGCAGCAACGCCUCCUCAUCGACAGCGACUGCGACUAGCAGUAGCACGGGAACGGGCACCGGCACGGGCUCGGGCUCCAUUUCCGUAUCCGGUUCGAGCUUCCGCAGACGGCCGCCAGCACCGGCGCCACUGUUGAGCCUAGCAUCCGCGGCGGAGAACAACAACUUCCUUAGUCAUUUCCAAACCAGCGCUGAUCAACCAGUGCCCCAGUCUCCAGUCACACUGGCGCAACCGCGACCCGAGUCCGAGAGGCUAACGAACGAGUAUGUGGACACGCCGCUGCAGCAUGCCACGCGCAUGCAGCAUCCGGCUGGGCAGCAGGACAAUGGCCAGACGACAACGCAUCAUUUGCUGUUGCUGCCACAGCGGCAGCAGCACCAUCAGCACCUGCAGCACCUGCAACACCCACACCCGCACCAGCACUCGCAUCACCAUCAGCAAUCCUCCUUUGGCCAGCAGCCACCUCAUGUCCGGCUGGGAGCGACGACGGCGGCAACGACGGCGACGCAGGGAGGAGCCGGAGCCGGAGCAGGAGCAGGAGCAGGAGGAAUCGAUCAUACCGAUGGCUUAUUACAUUCACAUUUGCACUCCACAACGCCAGCGCAACAGCAGCAGCAUCACCUAAGCAAAGGACAACCCGCCACAAAGCCUCGACUGGGACUGGGCUUGGGCUUGGGCCUGGGCCUGGGUCUGGGACUGUCGCAGCAGCCCAUCACGCAACCCAUCAUCACCAAGCAGCCGACAGCCACAACACCCGCCACGCAGACGCUCCAGUCGCAGACGCAGACGAGCAAGGAGCACAUGCACGCACUGGAGGAGCUGCUGCAGGCCCAGCCCGGCAACGGAGGCGGCGGACCCGGGCCCAUUGUGAUGGGGGGCGAUCCGACGCUAAUGAUACCCAUUGUGUGUCCGCGGUGCGGCCGCUGCCGCUGCGAGCAGUGCCAGAGUCCGCGCCCGCUGCCCCAGACAUGGGUCUGCAACAAGACCUGUCUGUGCAGCGCCGAGUCCAUCAUCGACUAUGCCUCCUGCUUGUGCUGCGCCAAGGCGUUGUUCUACCACUGUGCGCGGGACAACGACAUGGACUGCGAUGACGGCAACGGCACCCCGUGUGUGGACAAUCCCUGCUCCUGCGGCCCCUACAAGCGCACCCAGAGAUGGGGCUGGCUGGGGGCUCUGUCGAUUGUGCUGCCAUGCCUGUGGUGCUACUGGCCGAUGCGGGGUUGCAUGAAGCUCUGCGAGAAGUGUUACGGGCGGUUUGCGGGCCGCGGGUGUCGCUGCCAGGGCGUGGGCGGGGCGGGCGGCAUUGGCUCCACCAGCAGCAUGCUGCCGAUUGUGCCACUGGGCGUCAACGGAGCCAACGGCGGACUCGGCGGCGGCCUCAAUGGGACGACCAACGGAGGGCAGAUCGGCGGAGCAGGCAUGGGAACCUUGAGCCAGGCCAAUGGCAAGGCCAUUGAUCAUGGCUGCAGUGCGGCCGCCAGUCGUAUCCUUCGCAAGGGCGACCUCACACCCGAGAAGCGGCUCCUCGACUCCAGUCCGGACUACUAGAGGGGGGAGUCCCCCCGUGUUCUGUGUGUGGUUUUUCCCAAGCCGAAAAAACCUCAGACACAGGGCAAUGAAAAUUCACCAAGCAGGAGCUGGAAUCUGGAGCUGGAAAGUGCGGUGGAACCCAACCCCUAAAAAUAUAUAUAGUAUAUAUACGAAAGAAAAUAUUUAAUAUAUGAAUUAAAGGAUAUAAAAACAAGAGGAAAGAAAGAAUGAACGAAAGAAAGAA